AAAUGAAAUAUCUUUUUAAUAAAAAUAAAUAAGAAGGAUGGAAAUAACCUCCAAACGGGCUAGAUAUUUGAAAGUAAUUAAAUCUUAACCACAGGAUCCGAAUCCCACGGCCUAGAAGUCUCUUGAAAAACAGAAGGAUUCUAGGUAUAUCAGACAAACAACACAGUAGCGCAUAGCAUGCAGGUGACGGGUUAGGGUUUCGAAUCACUGGGAGUGCAUUUUGUAUACCUCGGCGUAACUGAAACCUUAGUGUGAAUUUACAGGGUAUGUCGGUUGUAGAUUCGAUUUCGGCAGCCAUGGGUGAAGUAAGCGCAAAGAGAGAGCUCCUGCAGAAGGCCUACCUGGAACUAGAAUCUCACACUUCAGCCCUCGUGAACUUCAAAACGCAGUGGAAGGAGCUUCAAGAUCACUUCGACACUUUAGAAGAGCUCAUGAACAAGCGUUCCCAAGAGCUCGGCAUAAAAAUAGAAGAACCGAAAGUUGCAAAAUCGCAAGCAGCUGUCAAGGGUUCGAGUCCGGCUGAGGCUAAAAAAGGUGCGGACAAAAUCACGGAUAAGGCAACGGAUGUGAAGCCGCGUGCCGAGUUCAAAAACCUGUGCGAGAAGAUGGACGCGGAGGGCUUGCUGAAGUUUCUGGUGGAAAAGAAGAAAGACCUCGCGGCGCUGCGCAACGAGGCACCGGGGGCUCUCAAGGCAGCUCCCAAGACGGCGAUGCUCGUGCUGAAGGCUCUCGAAGGGUUUUUUAACCAAGAGCAAAAGUCGGACAAGGAGCAUACCUUAUUUUUGCAGCGAAGGCGGGCUGGUAUCUUGCUUCUCGAGACGUUGCCGUCGGUUGUGAAGGCGGAGGCUAUGCCAGCUGAAGCUAAGAAGACGGCGAGGAAGCUUGCUGGAGAGUGGAAGGCAAAGAUUAUUAAGCCCGCGGAUGCCAGCUAUCUGGAGGCGCAUGCAUAUCUGCAACUGUUGAUUUCCUAUGGGCUUGCGAGCGAAUUCAGAAAUGAUGCUAACUUAGUGGAUCUUAUCGUUGUCGUUGCAAGGCGAAAUCAGGCGCCCGAAGUUUGCCGUAAUCUUGGACUACAGGAUAAAAUGACAGAUAUUGUGGAAAAAUUGAUCAGUAGUGGGAAGCAAAUUGAGGCUGUAAACUUUGUCCAUACAUUUGGACUUACUGAAAAAUAUCCACUUGUGCCUUUGUUGAGGGCAUAUCUGAAGGAUGCAAAGAAAUUGUCACAGGAUACAGCAAAAAAUGGAAAGAAUUCUAUUAAUGCGCAGAAUGAAGGAGCCUCAAAAGAAAUUGCAGCUGUGAAAGCUGUAAUUAAGUGCAUUCAAGAACACAAACUUGAGUCGCAGAUGUCUCCAGAAAAUCUUCAAAAGCGUAUGGCUCACUUAGAGAAAGCCAAGGCUGACAGAAAAAGAUCUGCUGCAGAAGCUGUUAAGUCUCAGACUAAACGGCCUCGUGUAAGUAAUAGUGGUAGUGCUGCAGCAUCUGCUGCUGAAAGGAUUCCCACUGUAUAUACCUCUUCUAUUACUGAUGACAGGAGCCUCCUACGCCCUGGUAUGACAAGUUAUAGUUUACCUACCCCAGGUGCUUAUGACAGGCCAAGUCAAAGCAUCUUAGGAUCAUCACCCUAUGGAAUUGGAAGCAGGGGUGCACUUCCUCUUUCAAGGCCUUAUUUGUUAUCAUCAGACAAUCUGCAUUCCUCAUUGUAUGGGGCUGGGUCUUUUGGAGCACCUAGCAAUUAUGGCAGUUUUAGCCUUGGUGCUGGUCUGCCGUCAUCCAGUGCAUCUUAUCCAUCUUCAUAUUUGCGUUAAGAUGCUUCACAAGGUCUCUUCAAUGUCGGUUUCUGAUCUUUAGUUGCUCAUGCACUAUAUCCGUAUUUAACUUUGCCACCGUUUGCACUGUUCUUGAAAAAGCUUCAGCUUCUGAUUUUUCCAAACUUAAGCAUCUCUUUAGGGUGGUCAUGGAUUAGCCAUGAGGACUAGCUAAAUUUUGUUUUUACUGCUUCAUUUGGAUGCCAGGAUUUGUUUGGAAAGAUGCAAAUGUUUUGGUGCUAGUGUGUUUCAAAAUGGUAAAUGUGAAUUAGCAUUUUCAUUUUCAAAUCA